AACUUCUAAAAAGACAAAUCUAGUCAAUGUGACAAGCCAUCAAAACAACUCUGUACACUAUGAAAUGCAAUUUAUUUUGUUCAUCUCACUUUUCUGGUUCACCUACGUGAGUUCAAAAUUCAAAAAACCCAGUUUUUCACCAUAUUGUCUAACCAGAAGCCUCUGUAAAUCAGCCUGCAAUUGUAGUGCUACUCCUAACUGCACGUUGCUCGACUUAAACAAGGACUUCAGAGAAAAAAUAACGUUUUAUAUCAAUCAAAUCCGAGAAAUUCAAACGAGAGCUGAACCACAACCUUCUGGCUUAAGAAUGCUCGAAUACGACGAACAACUUGAGGAAUUAUCUUCUUGUUGGGUUUCAAAAUGUGAGAUCGAAUAUUCAGACUGUUUCUAUAGUCCACGAUACAGUGUGACCUCACAGACUGUUGGAUAUUCAACGAGAAAAGAGCCUAGUUUGAAUUUAUGGUACGAGAUAAUAAACACAUGGCUUGAUGAGAUAAGGAAAUUAAAUGUCGAUAUGCUGUUGAGUUUCCCUGCAGGAGAGAAAGGACUAAAUAUCCACAAUUUUGCUCAACUUCUCAGUGACAAAGUAUGUCACGUAGGUUGCUCUUGGAGUGUAUCACCUAAUUUUGUCUUAUUAGUUUGCACUUUUGGACCAAGUGGUCCCCUGCAAAGCCAGCCAAUCUACAAAACAGGAAUCCCUUGCAGUGGAUGUCCACCUGGAUAUGAAUGUGAUAAAGAGAAACCCUUCGAACAUCUGUGCAAGAACAACCAUCAAAGGUCUUCAUCGUCCAGGUUGUCUUCAUUAGCGAAAAAUUAUAUUUCUUCAAGAGAUACGAAAGCACCUGGCAAUAAGAAGAAAGAUAACAAAAAGAAUACCUUUGCAAAUAAUCCUUUAGCUGGAAUUUAUUUCGGACUAAUAUUACUUCUGGGUGCUGUCGUUGUUAUUUUCAUUUUAGGCUUUGCGUGCUAUUGUAUAUGUUGCGUAUGAAUCAGAAAAAUUGGAACUAAAA